CAAAAUCUCCCGCGACCAACCCGAGGACGAAAUUGUCUUUUGUCGGCCUUACAGCUACAUACACAUCUUAGGGUGACUCGAAAGUUAAUGUUGCUUCCUAGGAUGGAGGUUCCUUCAAACUCCCCAGUGUUGGGUUCGCGCAUCACGGAAAACACGCUCCAGGCUACGCUGUGGGCCGGCGUCGCAAUUUCCCUCGUUUUUGUAGCGGUCCGCUUGUGGAUUCGCAUCCGGGUCUUCCGCCGUCUCCAGCUCGAUGACCCGUUCGUAAUCGCAGCCUGGCUGCUAUCGGUAGCCAAUGCGGCCAUAUGGACGGCCAUCAGCAGAGAAAUAUACUUUGAUUCUGAUCUAGCAAACAGUAGACUCGAACAAAUACCUCCGGACUUCAUCCAGCGCUUGGAACGCCUCAUACGAGGAAAUCUUUCGGCGUACCUUCUGGCAUAUGCAAGCUUGUGGAGUAUCAAAAUAUCCUUCAUCGUGUUCUUUCGAAAUUUUGGUGAGAAGCUGCGGAACCAACGGAUUGCGUGGUACGCAGUCUUAGGGUUUUGCCUUGCUUCAUUUGCGGUCUGCAUUGGUACCGUUGACUAUCGAUGUCUAACGAGCAAGGGCAUGAAGAUGAUCAGUGUCUGCAGGGAGCCUCGUACAACCACAUUCGAAUUUGUUACUCUUCGCCUGACCACCGCGCUAGACGUAUUGACCGAUUUUUCCAUAAUUCUUCUUUCUACGAAUGUUCUUUGGCGCAUCCGUCUUCGACUUUGGACAAAACUGGCACUGGCAGGAAUCUUCUCUCUAACCCUGUUUGUCAUUGCGAUUGCUAUCGUUCGCAUUGCAAACGCAUCCAGCAGCGGGAAACUCGAUCUGAGCUGGCUGGUAUGCUGGCAAGGGAUCGAGCUCUCUGCCGCUCUCAUUAUAGUUUGCAUAGCCUCAUUUCGAAUCUUGUAUACGAGCACACAACACUCGAAUCGGGACGUCGCCCUUCAAAAAUAUUAUAAAAAUCUGGAUGAUUCGAAAAUAUCCCGCUCGAAGGUCACCCGUGUCGAUCGGUCUGAGCCCUCAUACACAUCUAGGGUCAGUUUAGAACAGGCUUAGGCAUUGCGGGAAGAUGAAAGCAAAGAGACUCACUGCCGAAGAUGCCUGAGACCGGCUCUAAUUUGAUUCUAUUUUAUAGCGCUUCGUAUACCGCAGACGGCCUUCUUAAUUGCACAUGUUGGUGGCGAGACAGUGAGGGCCGUAGAAUGAGACAGAUUGAAAGUUUAACUGCUCCAAAUAAUGU